AUGAUUUUUCUUUUGCAAAGAACCUAUCCGGAACCCGAGACACUAUUCCGACCUCAGAUUCCAACGACCAAGAAGUUAGAAAAUCAUCGGAAUGAUCGAGUCGAAACCGUGGAGAAUGAUCCGAAUGGUAUCCAGGUCGAAGAACCUGAUGGCGGUGGAAGUCGUGGUGAAUCCGAUGGGGAUGGCGAUGAUUUGACUCACGGCAACUUCAACAACGAGAGCUUCCCAGUUCUCGUGAGUUGGAGCAGUUGGAGAAAUAGCCAUCAAGCCAUUCCACACCGGCACGAGCAUUGUCGUUUGGCAUCCAGCUGGCCGCGAUCGAAAGGAGAAGAGCUGCAGUGUCUGAAAUAUGACGAUGAGCCCAACAGCUAUCUGCAUGGCCUACUGGGAGAUGGGGUGAAAACACAAGUGGAUGUUGAUGUUGAUGCGUAUGAGCUCCAAUUACCGCCAUGGUAUGAUGACGAAAAGUUCAAACGGGCGCAGCGCUACUUCAAACAAAACUUCUUCGCCAUGUUCGUAGCAAAACUGUGCGGACUUUUGGUUGUUUUGGCCGUUCCAAGUAUUUUGAACGUCCUUAUCUAUACGAAUCAAUCCUCAACAGCGGUAACGGCAUACAGGCGCUACGUCGCAACGAUCAUGCACACCUUAAACUGGUACUACGAAGAUCUACUGCCGGGAACUGCGGCGUGGAAAUCGAUAACCUAUGUGAGAAGAGGUCACGUUGCGGCCAGCAAGAGAAGCAAUGCCAAACUGGCGGGCAGGAUUGUGUCACAAAAGGACAUGGCAGUGACGCAAUUUGGAUUUGUGGGAUACACUGUACUAGGAUGCAAGAAGCUUGGGAUUGUCUACAAUAAGGAAGACAUGGAAGCUUUAGUUCACUUCUGGCGAGUCAUUGGGCACAUGAUAGGUAUUCAUGAUCGUUACAACCUGUGUACAGACAGCUUGGAAUCAACCGAGGAUCGAAUGCGACAAGUGCAGGAACACAUCUUGAGGCCCGCCCUCCUCAGCCGGACGGACGAUUUCGAAAAGAUGGGCAAAGCGCUAAUCGAUGGCCUGUGGUGUUUCAACCCCUUCCUGGACUAUGAUGCAUUCCUGUUCAUGACGGCACGACUCACGGGGGUCCCUGGCUAUUAUUAUUGGAAAGAAGAACUCCCGUCUCCGAAUAGUGAAACCAAGUAUCAGAACUUUACCCGAUACAGCCGGUUCAUAUUGUACUUUCUGCUGCUAGUACACGAAGUAUGGUUACGCUCAACUAUUUUCAGGUGGUACUUGAACAGCCAAAUGAUUAUGUCAAGGUUCCUUAUUACGUACUUCCCAUUCUUGGCUAUCUUCAAGUUCGGUAUAGGAGACUCUUACGUUAGGAUAUUGAAAUAAGGCAAACAUAGCUAGCUGCAAUUGAUUUCUUAGAACUUUAUUUAAAUUUGGUUCCUUAGUUAGUGAUUAGACGUUACCCUGUUGCUUAACGGCCAAAUAGAGAUUGAACAAAUUAUACAACGCUUGAAUGUAUCCUGCCUGUCCGUUACUUUCCUGCACUGGAAUAUCGAAAAUGUUACAAAUUAUCUCAAUAUACCUACUCAGCGAACAAUCCAAGUUGGCUGAGGGAAACCCAA